GUGCAGGGAAGAAAUCUCGAAUGUUCUUCAAACUAAGCGUGUCACUCGAUAUUACUGAAGUACCGUGGCGCGCAACUGGAAUCUUCAGAAAUCGUUCCAACAAAAAGAAGAAGAAGAAACAGUUCAAAAAAUGGUAGAACGUUUUUUAAUCACUACUCUCUUCCUUAGCCUCAUCUCAUCUUCUUCAACCGUUUUCGCUUCUUCUCCACCAUGCUCCUCCACCAGUAUCACUGGGUUACCGCUGGUGAGAAAUAUCAGCGAGAUUCCUCAGGAUAACUACGGUAGACCAGGCCUCUCUCACGUAACUGUUGCAGGUUCAAUCUUGCACGGAAUGAAUGAGGUUGAAGUAUGGCUUCAAACCUUUUCACCAGGAACACACACCCCAAUUCAUAGGCAUUCUUGUGAAGAAGUUUUUAUUGUUCUCAAAGGCAGUGGCACUCUUUAUAUUGCAUCAAAUUCACAUAUGAAAUACCCCGGGAAUCCAGAGGAGCACUUUAUCUUUCCAAAUAGCACAUUUCAUAUUCCUGUUAAUGAUGCUCAUCAGCUUUGGAACACCAAUGAGCAUGAGGAUUUACAAGUUCUAGUUAUAAUAUCUCGUCCACCAGUUAAAGUGUUUAUCUAUGAUGACUGGUCCAUGCCCCACAAUGCUGCGAAAUUGAAAUUCCCCUACUAUUGGGAUGAGCAGUGUUCUCAAGAACCUUUGAAAGACGAACUAUGAUUACAGUCAAGGUUUUUACACUUAACACAUUUUAUUAUAGUUGAGUUUUUCUGUUGUUGUAAAGCAUUUCUUAAUAUCAAUAUGGCAAAAUUAAUAAUA